CCGAGGAGGAUCCGCCACGUGCGGUCGGAUGAGUGUGCCGAGUAAGUGCGGUAGAGGAACGGAGCGAUUGAGGCUAAUACAACUUGGGGGAUUCUUGCGAGGGAGUUGUUUGAGAUGGUGGAUGAUAGCUUUGGUCAUGUUGAUGGUGUUCUAUAAGUAUCAGGGCUGUAAAGACUUCAGUUUCAAACCUGCCCAACAUUCAUCACAUCAUUACUACCUCUGGCAAUACUGAAGCCCACUCUCAGCCAUGCUUUCACAGUUCAUCACGUUCCUCGCCCUUGCAGGCUGCGCAGUCGCCGCUCCAAGCCCAAGAGCCGCAAAGUGCACAUCCUACACCAUCAUCAACACACGCGGCACCGGCGAAAUCCAAGGCCCAUCCGCUGGGUUCCGCACCAUGAACUCCCAAAUCACGUCCCAAGUCCCCGGCGGCAAGAUCUACAACACCGUAUACCCCGCUGGCUAUGACCAAAACUCCGCACAAGGAACACAGGACAUUAUCCGCGAAGUGAAGAGUGUCUUGUCGUCUAACCCUAGUGAAUGCUUCAUCUUGGAGGGUUACUCCCAGGGCGCAGCAGCGACUGUGAAUGCGCUGUCGCAGUUGACGGGGAGUGCUGGGGAUGCUGUCAAGGGGGUGUUCCUGAUUGGUGAUCCGUUGCAUAAGAGCGGGUUGGCGUGUAAUGUUGAUAACAAUGGUGGUACGACGACUAAGAAUGUCAAUGGGCUUGAGGCGUUUGGGGGUGCUGGUAUUCCUCAGAACUGGAUCUCUCGCACGCUUGAUGUUUGUAUCUUUGGCGAUGGAGUCUGUGAUACGACGCAUGGGUUUGGUAUCAAUGCUCAACAUCUUCAAUAUCCGAAUGAUGCGGCGACUCAGAACCUUGGAACGACUUUUGUUGUCAAGAAGUUGAAUGGGUAAGGGAGUCGAUUUAGAAGGGAAAUGUUCAUUUUGUGUAGCUACUAUCGAGAAUGGCGAUGUACAUAGUAGUUUGAGAGUCAAAGUUGGAGUUUCUGUGACCUUUUCAUGAUGAC